AUGAAUAUCGAUGCUCUCUGUAAAGUUUACUCCAAAGAGUAUAGUUCUUCAAUUAGCUUUUCAAACAAUGAAGUGAUGUUCAGCAAUACUGAUGGAACCUCGUGUAGGUUUGUAGAAAUACUGGAUGCGGAAACAACAAACGUGCAACUGUUCGGAAAACACCUUAGGCCUCUUGUUAAAGCAUUUCUUGCUGGUUACAAUGCUUGUAUAAUGUGUUAUGGUGAGAUCAAGUCUGAAAUUCAUAUGCUUUUAAAUGGAUUCCGAGCUGAUAGGUGUGGCAUUUUGAAUCUAACGGUUACGGAAAUACUUCGGAGCAUAUCUCAUGGUAAUAAUAUUUUCAUUCACUUCCCACAUUUGUAA